CCGAGGCAAGUUGUUUGCUAAACAAACAAACAAAUUUACUACACGGAUCUGAGUGAAUACAGGGACUCUAUUUUACUCUGAAACUCAUCACCGGAAACUCCACGCCUGUUAAUCUAUGCGUCUUUACGCGCGGACCUGGCACCCAGCGUGGUGCGCUCUGCUCCUCAUUCCUCUCCAACUCCUCUUCAGUUUGCCAGAGACGGUCUGAGCGCGCGCGCACACGCAGCUCUUCCUUUAAUCUCUCAAACACACACACACACACACACACACACACACACACACACACACACACACACACACACACACACUCUCUCUUUAUGGCACACGCAAAGUGAGGCGCGCGCACUUGCUCUCGGACAGGAGUGAAGAAGAACUUCUCGUUUUGAUCCAACUUCUCUCUUUGAGAUUCCUCCACCAAUGCGCGGAUUUUAUUCCCGUUCCCGCUGCUGUCCCGGACUGAGGAAGAGCACUUUAAGGACCGGACCGGAUAUGUAAAACAAUCUGUUGGCUCGACGCAAAGCAGAACCUGAGAAAACCAGCAGAGAUGGAUGAGCGGAGAGAUUCUGGCGCGUUGUUCUCGGUUUUCUUCUGCUGGAUGCUUUUGGAAUUUACUGAAGGACAGUUCUUCCCAGGUGGCUGUUCGUUUGAAGAGUCUUACAGCAGCUGUGGGUACAGCGUGUCACUGGGAACCAAUGGAUUUACUUGGGAACAAGUCAACUCCUGGGAAAAACCCACCAUGGACCCGGCUCUUCCAACAGGUUCGUUCAUGGUUGUGAACGCGUCGGGUCGGGUGUCUGGCCAGAAGGCUCACCUGUACAUGCCCACUUUAAAGGAGAACGACACCCACUGCAUCGACUUCCUGUACUCUCUGUCCAGCCGGGACGGGGCGAGUCCGGGCACACUCAACGUCUACGUCAAGGUGAACGGAGGCGCUCAGGGUAACCCGGUGUGGAACGUCUCUGAUACAGUCACGGAGGGCUGGGUCAAAGCUGAACUGGCUAUUUCUACGUUCUGGCCCAACUCCUAUCAGGUCAUAUUUGAAGCAGUUUCAGUCCAAGGCCACCCAGGCUUCAUCGCCGUCGAUGACAUCAGAGUUCUGGCUCAUCCCUGCCGUAAAGCUCCUCACUUCCUGCGGCUGCAGAACGUGGAGGUAAACGUGGGUCAGAAUGCUACGUUCCAGUGUACGGCUGGAGGGAAAUGGUCCCAGCAUGACAAACUCUGGCUGCAGCAGUGGAAUGGUAAAGACACGGCGCUGAUGGUGACCAGAGUGGUGAACCACCGACGUUUCUCAGCCACAGUCAGCGUCGGUGACACGUCACAGCGCAGCACCAGCCGCUACCGCUGCGUCAUCUGGUCAGAUGGUGGAUCGGGGGUGUCCAACUACGCUGACCUCAUCGUCAAAGCUCCGCCCACUCCCAUCGCACCACCUGAACUCCUUGCCGUUGGCGCCACCUACCUUUGGAUCAAACCCAACGCCAACAGCAUCAUCGGUGACGGGCCCAUCAUCCUGAAAGAGGUGGAGUACCGCACCACCACGGGGAACUGGGCGGAGACUCACGUGGUGGACGCCUCCACCUACAAGCUUUGGCAUCUAGACCCAGAUGUGGAGUAUGAGAUCAAGGUCCUGCUCUCCAGACCGGGAGAAGGUGGGACCGGACCGCCAGGACCGCCGCUCAUCACCAGGACCAAAUGUGCAGAUCCUGUCCACGGGCCACAGAAUGUCAACGUGGUGGACGUCCGAGCCCGCCAGCUGACGGUCCAGUGGGAGACGUUCGGCUACGCCGUGACUCGCUGCCACAGCUACAAUCUGACGGUCCAGUACCAGUAUGUGUUCAACCAGCAGGAGUUUGCAGCCGAGGAGCUGAUCCAGACGUCGUCUCACUACACCCUGAGGGGCCUGAGGCCCUUCGUCACCGUCAGGCUCCGGCUGGUUCUGGCCAACCCGGAAGGUAGCAAGGAGAGUGAGGAGAUAGUCAAACAGACGGAGGAAGACGUGCCGGGCUUGGUACCGAUGGAGUCUCUACAGAACACUCCGUAUGAGGAGAAGAUCUUCAUGCAGUGGAAAGCUCCCAACGAGACCAAUGGGGCCAUCACGCUGUACGAGAUCACCUACAAGGCUCUGAGCUCACUGGACCCCAGCGCUGACCUGACCACCCAGAAGGGACGAGUAUUCAAGCUCCAGAAUGAGACCCAUCAUCUGUUCGUGGGCCUCUACCCUGGAACCAACUACUUCUUCACCCUGAAAGCCUCCACCAACAAGGGCUUUGGUCCCCCGGUCACCACCCGGAUCACCACCAAGAUCGCAGCUCCCAUGAUGCCUGAGUACGACACAGAAACUCCUCUGAACGAGACGGAGACCACCAUCACCAUCCUGCUGAAGCCAGCUCAGUCCCGUGGAGCUCCCAUCAGCUCCUACCAGCUGGUUGUGAAGGAGGAACGUAAAUCUAAAAGUCGCCGUGCUGCCUCCGACACCCCAGAGUGCUUUUCUGCUCCGGUCAGCUUCCGUAAUGCCUCUGCCCUGAGCUCCCCAUACUACAUCGCUGCAGAGCUGCCGCCGUCCAGCCUGACGGUUGUCCAGCCCUUCACGGUGGGCGACAACAAGAGCUACGGAGGCUUCUGGAACCCACCGCUGUCACCGGCAAAGAGCUACAGCAUCUUCUACCAGGCCAUGAGCCGAGCCAAUGGAGAAACUAAAAUCAACUGCGUCCGUCUGGCCCACAAAGUGGUAAUAGGUAGGGGACAAAUAACAACGCCGUACAUUCUAGUCAUCCCAAGCGAAGGUGCGUCCACCCAGGAUUCAGACGCCAUGGAGCCGGAGAAGCAGGUGGACGGAACGGUGAAGAUGGCCGGAGUGAUCGCUGGGAUCCUCAUGUUCAUCAUCAUCCUCCUCGGAGUCAUCCUCACCUUCAAGCGCAGAGAGAUUCACACGUGGAGAACUCUGAGCGUGGGGAAACUAGCCAAAAAGCAGAAGGAAACCGCCAGCAGCUCCACCCAGCAGAGAGAGAUGGGUCCAGUCACCACAGCUGAUAAAAGCACCACCAAAGUCAGCACGCUGCACAAAGAUGACCCCUUCUCCACCUCCAACCAAGAUCUGAAUGGCUUCGCCUCCCCCUCCCCCUGCUCCUUCUCCGUGCAGGGAAACAAGACGCUGCAGAGCAAAUCCCUGCUGAAUUCCUACUACUCAGUCUCCAAAGAGCCGGUUCCUGCUACCUCGUCUAUAGAUAGCAGCCAGCCGUCACUCGCCCAACCCUCCCUCACCCUGCAGAGUUUUCCUUAUGGUGGCUGUGAAUCCGUGGAGCUGUCCUACCAGAGCGGUCAGUUUCAGGCUGGCCAGUUUCAGCCGGCCAUCCGAGUGGCAGAUCUCCUCCAACACAUCACACAGAUGAAAUGUGGACAGGGAUAUGGAUUUAAAGAAGAAUACGAGGCCCUGGCAGAAGGACAGACGGCACCAUGGGAGAUGGCCAAGAAGGACGAGAACCGCAACAAGAAUCGCUAUGGCAACAUCAUUGCAUAUCCCACAGACGAUCACACCAGAGUCCGGCUGCAGCUGCUGGAUGGAGACCCCCACUCCGACUACAUCAACGCCAACUACAUCGAUGGCUACCACCGACCCAGACAUUACAUCGCCACACAAGGACCCAUGCAGGAGACGGUGAGGGAUUUCUGGAGGAUGGUAUGGCAGGAGAACUCGGCAUCCAUCGUCAUGGUUACAAAUCUGGUGGAGGUGGGACGGGUGAAGUGUGUCCGUUACUGGCCCGAUGAGACCGAGGUGUACGGAGACAUCAAGGUGACCCUGAUAGAAACUGAACCGCUGGCCGAGUACGUGAUCCGGACCUUCACCGUGCAAAAGAAGGGUCAUCAUGAGAUUCGGGAGCUUCGUCAGUUCCACUUCACCAGCUGGCCCGACCACGGUGUUCCCUGUUACGCUACAGGACUUUUGGGCUUCAUACGACAGGUGAAGUUCCUGAAUCCACCGGAUGCUGGGCCCAUAGCCGUCCACUGCAGGAACCUUGCCUUGAUGUCUUGGCCCUGCCCCAGUUGCCUAAGAGAAACGUCAUCGGAGCCACCAAGACGUGUUCCAAUCGGUUCCAAUGUUCAUGCUCUACCGAGCGCCGGCGCCGGUAGGACGGGCUGUUUCAUCGCUGUGGACAUCAUGCUGGACAUGGCCGAAAACGAAGGAGUGGUGGACAUCUUCAACUGCAUCCGAGAGCUGAGGUCACAACGGGUCAAUAUGGUUCAGACGGAGGAGCAGUACGUGUUUGUUCAUGACGCCAUCCUGGAAGCGUGUCUCUGUGGGAACACCGCCAUUCCUGUGUGCGAGUUCAGAGCUGUUUACUACAACAUCAGCAGGCUGGAUCCACAGACCAACUCCAGCCAGAUCAAAGAUGAGUUCCAGACUCUAAACAUAGUGACCCCUAGAGUCCGCCCAGAGGACUGCAGCGUGGGUCUCCUCCCCCGGAACCACGAUAAGAACAGGAGUAUGGACGUCCUGUCGGCUGACCGAUGUCUCCCGUUCCUCAUAUCUGUAGACGGCGAGAGCUCCAACUACAUCAAUGCUGCCUUAAUGGACAGCCACAAGCAGCCAGCAGCCUUCAUCGUUACCCAGCAUCCUUUGCCAAAUACGAUGGGAGACUUCUGGAGGCUGGUGUUUGACUACAACUGUUCCUCCAUCGUAAUGCUGAAUGAGAUGGAUGCAGCGCAGUUGUGUAUGCAGUACUGGCCGGAGAAGAACUCGUGCUGCUACGGUCCGAUUCAAGUGGAGUUCAUAUCCGCGGACAUCGAUGAAGACAUCAUCAACCGAAUCUUCCGGAUCUGCAAUAUGGCGCGGCCACAAGACGGUUACCGCCUGGUUCAGCACUUCCAGUUCAUUGGUUGGCCGGCCUACAGGGACACGCCCCUUUCUAAGCGCUCCAUCCUCCAGUUGGUGAGGAGGCUGGCCAAGUGGCAGGAGCAGUACGAUGGAGGAGACGGGAGAACGGUCGUCCACUGCCUCACCGGUGGAGGACGUUCUGGAACAUUCUGUGCCAUCUGCAGCAUCAACGAGAUGAUCCAGCAGCAGAACAUUGUGGAUGUUUUCCACACCGUGAAGACACUGAGGAACAACAAGACCAACAUGGUGGAAACGAUGGAGCAGUACAAGUUCUGCUACGAGGUCGCUCUGGAGGCGCUGAACUCCUUCUGAGGAGGCAUGUCUGACGCUGAUGAUCGUUCUUCACUCAACAAUGAGACACAACGUGCUUCAUGUUGACCUGAAUUCAACCUGUGGUCCGUGUGUGUGUGUGUGUGUGUACCUAUACGUGUGCCUGUAUCACACACACACCCUGUACAGAGGAGGAAGAAACACACACGGCUGUUUUUUAUGAGCGUGUUUGUUUCGAGGAGAACUCCACAUGCUUGUACAAAGAAAAAAUAUGAAAGUAAAUAAGACGUUAAAAAAAGUCACCUUUUUCUUUGUUCCUUCGCGGCCAGUCUGUCAUGUGACUCUGUACAGUUUUCCUUUUUAGAUGUACUCUACGCUUUGAAUGUUGUUUCCCUCUGAGGGCUGGAAGCACACUGGAAGCUUCUGACCUCCAUCUGUUUAAAUUCAUGAUGACCUCAUUAGAGCCAAGACCAAACAAAGCGUGUUACUUCCCCUCUCAGUUGAUGUGGACAUUUUCUAAAGUUUUGCAUCACAGAAACACUCGACUUCCUGCUGCUGGUGACUUAAAUAUUCAUAAAAUAAGGUCACAUGACCUGGGUGGGGGGUUAUGAGAUCAGAGCUGAUCUCAGACUAGCCUUUAGCUCAUCCAAGAAUGCUAACAUGUAAAAGACAUCAACGUGAGCUUUGUCUGACCUUCUGGACACCAGAGUAGCCCGUCCCCCUCCACUGAUGAUGUCACCGAAGCCUCCAGUGUGCCUCCACCGUUCCUGUAAAUAAGAAAAGAACCACAGUCAAACAAACAAACACCAGACGUUAUUUCAUCCUUUCAUUUGAUUUGGUUUCCUUUAAAGCGUCCAGCUGCAGGCUCCUCCUCCUGAGACGCUUCUAGAAGGUUCAUUUCUACAUGUGCUGAAAAACUAAAUGUAGCUUCUUCUUCUGUGAUUAAUUAUGUGGAUUUAAGAGGAGGAUAGAGUUUGGUAACCCCCUCCCCUCCUUAUAUCUGGUGCAUGUCUGGCUCGCUGAGCAGCGUUAGCAUGUGGACAGCUGUAAAUAGAGAAAAGGCCAACAUUUUUUCACUAUUUUUGCAACUAAAGGAUUUCAUUCUUUCAUGUGUUCAAGCUUGGCCAUGAAUUAGUGACAUUGAUAAACUCAGUCAAGUGUCCUUGAUUUCCAUCAUAAAGCCAUGAGAUGUUUUACUGCUGAGCUCCUGAACGGGUCAAAGUUCAGGCCUGACUUGGACCCUCCGGUUCUGUUCUGGAGUCCCACCAGGCUCCUUAUUGGACCUAUUGAGAUGUGAAUGCCUGAGCAUCUCAUUUCACAGAGGCUUUUAUUAUUUUAUGACCCUUAACCUGUAUGAUUUGUUUUUUAAUUUCCCAGGAAUUCUACUUUUUUCGUAAACUGGAUGAUUACUCGUCUAAGUGCUGUUUAGAUCGGGUGAGGCCAUUAUCAUUGGUUGUUUAGUUGUUUGAAAUGUGGUUAACAGUAAAUAAAGGGACCAAAAUGUUGAAAA